ACCUCUUUGGUGUUACGCGCCGCGUAGUGCCGGCCCAAACAUCGGCCAAAGAAGACAAGCGAGAGAAGCCGCGGCUUUGCUCUCCUCGAUCGGUACGCGACGCGACACCAUCCUCCCUCAGUCCCGCGAUCAUGUCGUUAUCGUCGAAAGGGAGCUUCCUUCUCGUUUCUUGCUUGCUCGCGACGACGAUGCUCGCCGCGACGUCCGCGAAACCGACCAUCUACAAGAGAAAUCAGGACAACGUGUUCGAGCCAGGUGAGGCCUUCGCUUUUACCCUCGGGUGUUGCUCGCGCCCGCAAUUUGCAGAGUCGUUUCUGAUGGUACCAGUUUCGUCCACGGUGAUCCCCCUCUCAGUUUACAAAACGGAAUAUGGUUUGGGAUUUAUAUCGAAGGACAAGAAGCAAUCGUCCUUCAAGCCAGAGGAUGGAGUUAAACUGAUAACGAUUAAGAAGAGCCACGAAUAGAAAACGUAAAAGUACAAAUGCAAGCUAAGUACAGGCCAACUUUUACUCAUACGGCAAAGUAGUACUAACAAAAGUGAGAUGGUAUAAAUUUAUCCCGUCGAGGCUAGACAUUGUAAGUGAAUCUC